AACUAUAUAAAAAAAAAAUCCUAAGUGUUCUCCAAUUCUCCAUUCCCAUAGCCAUAUAAGCCUAGUUUCCGAGAUGAGAGAACACGUAGGUAAAUCCUCUAAACUCUUCAAUGGUUUCACGAGUAUAAUGAGAAGAUUCAUAUUCAAAGUUCUAUGCGUCGGUCCAAUCCCUAACCACAUCUCAUUCAUCAUGGAUGGUAACCGCAGAUUCGCCAAGAAACAUAAUCUUCAAGGCCCAGACGCAGGACACAGAGCCGGUUUCGUAUCCGUAACCUAUGUUCUUCAGUACUGCCAAGAGAUUGGUGUGCCGUACGUCACACUCUACGCCUUUGGUAUCGAUAAUUUCAAGAGAGAACCUGAAGAAGUCAAGUGUAUGAUGGAUCUGAUGCUUGAGAAAAUCGAGCUCACAAUCGAUCAAGCUAUCUCCGGGAAUCUAAAGGAUUUGAAAGUGAUCUUUGCUGGUGAUUUGAAUUUGCUAAACGAGCGUCUUAAAGUCGCAGCUCAGAGCCUGAUGGAACUCACUGAGCAGAAUAGAGGUUUAGUGGCUGUGGUUAUCGUUGCGUACAGCACAAGUCACGAGAUUGUUCAGGCUAUUAGAGAAUCUUGUGUAAGGAAGUGUGUGGAUGGAGAUAGCCCUCUGGUUUUGGAGAUGAGUGAUGUUGAAGAGUGUAUGUAUACAUCAAUUGUUCCUGAUCCGGAUCUUGUAAUAAGAUCAGGAGGAAUAGAUCGGCUGAGUAACUUCAUGACUUGGCAGAGUUCAAGGUCUCUUCUUCAUACCACGGCAGCUCUUUGGCCGGAGUUAGGUCUUUGGCAUUUGGUUUGGGCCAUUCUUAAAUUCCAGAGGAUGCACGAUUACUUGCAGAAGAAGAAGAAGCAAAAACUCGACUAGAUAAAGUUAAACCAUAGUAGAAUGAACUUGAGAUUAUAGGACACAAUAAACAUUUUAAAUUAAGUAUUAAUAAAAAAUUGUUUUUACAAAGUAGAUGCAUAAAACCAAUGUAUAUUAGUUCUUUAAAAUUUGGAAAAUUUAGAUUAGUGUUUCAUUA